UUGUAACGUAUUUUCAAAUCUGACAAAAAAGAAGUUUAAUUAAAGAUUCCAGCUAAAAUGGGCAAUUUAGUGACUAAAAUUACAACAAAUAAUCAACAGCUUAAUGAGAGCAACGUAAGCGAUAUCGUGGUUUAUGAACAAAAGCAGGUAAAAAAGGAUGUUAAGGACAAUAAAUCACCAACAGCUUUAAAAGCAGGACUGUUUAAGAAUGCCUUUUUCGGUAAUUUCGAUCCAAGAAGUCCAUCAGCCUUUAUAGCUCGUACACCAAUUCAAAUAUUCAGAACAGGCAGUUCCAGUAAAUUUAAUCAUCAAGAACUCCUGAAUGAAUCUCUUAAUGACACUGUGGAUAUAGACAUUUUGACAGCCGAAGAGCAUGAAUCAUUAAACAGUAAUACAGAUUUAGUAGACGCAGUUAAUAAAGAAGAGGCUAGUGUUGACAAACUUGAGGACAAUAAUAAGCUGCCAGAUCCAAGAAGCCCAACAAAUGAGAUUGCCAGGACUCCAAUAUUGAUUGCUGAUGAAAAGAAAAAGACUGAAGAUAAUUUAAUGAAGAAAAUUACAGACAAACUUAUUGCAGCAAAAAUAGCAACAGACAAUGAUGAGAAUGAACAAAAUAAAGGAACAGAAAGUGCAAAUUCAAAGAAAAAGUCAAAGCCGGCUGAAAAGAACUUGAUAUUUGAGGACGACAGUGAAAAUUUUGAUCGGUUCUCAACUCCACCGAAGAAGAUGAAUGCACAAAUUGGUAAUGACAGGACACCGUUAAGUUGCUUAGCUAAUAAAGCUAGAGGCUCACAACCCCGCAAUUUAUUGACAUCAACACCAAAAGGAUCAAAAAUUCCCAUCUUUCGUGAUCGAACAUCUGCAUCAAGAAUCCCUCGACGCCUUGAAUAAGCCUAAUUAUGAAGCAUAUCCAUUUCAAAAUUU